AUGCAUUUGAAUCUAUUGUCGCCAUCUUCGUUGUUCACUUCAGCCAGUCUUUCCCUUCUCUUUCGAGCCACCCAGAUGGCGCAUCGAAUUAUCGCCCAGAUUGUCCUUACGGGCGGCCGAGUCUUCGGGAGAGCCUUUGCAGAAGCCUAUAAACAAGCCCAGGCCUCCUCUCAGUAUGCUAGAGCUGCUUCAAAGAACGAUCCCGGCGCACUGAAUACUGCAGCUUCAUCCGGAAUGACUCUGGAUGAAGCUUGUAAGAUUCUCAAUGUCAAACCUCCCCAAGGCGGUCGCAUGAAUAUGGAACAAGUGAUGGAGCGCUUCAAAAAGUUAUAUGAUUUGAAUGAACCGAAGAAAGGUGGUGGCGGUGGAUCCUUUUACAUCCAGAGCAAAGUUUUACGAGCGAGAGAACGGAUAGAGGCUGAGGCGCGAUCAGCCGAACGGAAAGCGCAAAUGGAAAAAGAGAUCAAAGAAGGUUGGAAGCCCAAAAUGUACAGAGAAUGAUGUCCUGUGCUAACCGUCAACAAGGACGGUGACCACAUACCUCUGCGCCGAUCACCAACUCGAUUUCGACCGACCACUGAAUCUACUCCUCUACUCAUCCUUGACAUAUUUGCAUAGCGCAUGGCGUUGGGCUGGACACAUUAUUUUCAAGAAUUGUACAAUUAAAAAUCGAUUACAAGGAUCAUUCUACAAGCGACCCAAUUGGCAGAAACACUUGGGUGAUUGGUUUCUUGGACCAAGCAGAUGCGAGGUUGAUUGUGCAGACUGAGGCCCGAGAGUUUGUGACAGAAGAAGGCCUAAUGGGACGGAAUUGCGGGUAUGCGUAUCCUUCAGGCGCUCGAUUACAGCCGUUUCGGUCCCAUACAUGCGAUGUAUAAGGGAUGGACUAAAAGGAGAUGGUAUCCGAGGGUCUCUAAAGACGCAUCAUGAGGGCACGAAAGUUUCAAGCCCCGCGAAUACCUGCCUCAUUGUGGGCAAUAUGCUGGGAGAAUUGCUGAAAGAGUAAGGGUUUGUACUCUCUUCUCAUGGUCAAUCUCCCUCGCUCCUAAGAUCAGUUAUAUUAUCUAUCUCAGAUACUCAGGGUGAAAGGAAAUUGGUAAUCCGGCCUGACCACACAAUCAGAAGUCAUAUAUCAAGUACAAUCGAAAGAUCAUACGGCCAAAGAAACCGAAAUCACUUCUGUCUGUGUCCUCAGGUGAUCAGGAAGUUGGUGUCGGCAUGUCGCUCAUGCAAGUCGAGAGCAAGGAACAUCAUUUAGUGAUUGUCAAUAUCAGGUGCUCUCUACUUCACAUCUGCUGUAUUUCUGCUUUUGAACUUGACAAAUUGUCUACGUACCUAGAGAUUGAAGUCUUGACAUUUACCGACCCCAAUCCUCGAGUACCUACAUCAGGUAGAUUAAUGGUGAUAUGGCGACAUGUGGUACCGAAAAAGCGUAGAUAUUAGCGGCAUGUACUGUAUAUGUAUGUAUCAUGCAUGCAAAGAAAGACCAGAUCGUCAACC